AUGGCAGAUCAGUUUGAAAUCAAAGACCUUGAUAGUUUGAGAUAUUUUCUCGGUAUGGAGGUAGCGAGAUCGAAGGACGUAAUAUCCAUUUCUCAAUGGAAAUACACUUUGGACUUGUUGAAAGAAACAGGGAUGACUGAAUGUAAACCCAUUGAUACUCCCAUUGAAGUCAAUACUAAGCCGGGAGAUUCUGUUGAAGGGGUUCCAGUAAAUAAAGAAAGGUACCAACAUCUCAUUGGGAAAUUGAUUUCCCUGUCACAUACUAGACCAAACAUAUGCUUUGCUGUCAGUAUGGUCAGUCAGUUUAUGCAGGCUCCAUACGAGAAACAUAUGAAGAUUGUUACUCGGAUUCUGAGGUAUUUGAAGUCUACUCCUGGAAAGGGCUUAUUGUUCAAGAAACAUGAAAAGAGAUGCAUUGAAGCUUAUACUGACUCAGAUUGGGUAGGAUUAGUUACAGAUAGAAAAUCAACUUCAGGAUACUGUACCUUUGUGUGGGGUAAUCUUGUUACCUGA